AUGAUUAAAUGCAGUUGGAAGAUAAAGAAAUUUCAUCUGCCCCGGAUCCGAUUUCUCACAGUGCAUUAUGCCUACUUCAUCGGGGCGACUCUUAUCACCUCCGCCAUCCUCUGGGGUAGCUCCUCUCCGCCCCACAGCGUGCGAUAUAUUGAUGCGUUAUUUUUGACAGUCAGCGCCAUGACACUUGCUGGUUUGAACACUGUCAAUUUGUCUACAUUAAAUACAAUCCAGCAGAUCUUACUACUGUUCCUGAUAAUAUGUGGGUCCACGAUAUGGGUCUCCAUCGCAGUAGUCAUCGUUCGCAAAAGAACAUUUGAAAAAAGGUUUAGAGAAAUUGUGCAAGAAGAAGGUCUACGGAGAAGGAGACUCCGCCACACGAUCAAUCAGUCUCGCCCAUCAAUUCAACUGGCCACACUCCCAUCACGACAGCCAACAGUACCCAAUGAACCAAAUAUGCAAUCAAAUAGGCGCCAAAGUUUGCCAUCAUAUAGACCCCUAACUCCAUCGAGCGCCUCUCUCCAACCCAUAGCACGAAGCAAGAGCCAAGGACAGACAUCAGGAACCAAUCCGGAUCACUGCAAGGAAAAUAGCCAAAAAUCAGAUUAUACUCACCCCGCGGCUACGGAUCACGCUGAAUCUUUAGCGUCUCACAAAACACAACCCGAUGGAGGCUUCCCUCGGGAACCAAUUGAUACUGCAGAUACUGAUGCUCAUAUUACAUUCACCGCUGACGUACGCCUAGACUCUGGGGAAAAUCCCCUUAAUCUGGCACGCCAGAAUAUGCGUCCCCCCUUCGUGCCUGCCGCCCAUAAUCAAUUGGAGGAAGGCAAUAAUGACGAUGGCCUUGAAGAUGACAGCCAUCUAAACUUCCUACGCAAGUUCAGCCGGAAUUCUUCAUUCCAUAAUUUAAGUGAAAGAGAACGCCGAAGACUCGGUGGUGCAGAGUACCGAGCCGUAUCCCUAUUGUCCAUUAUCGUCCCGGUAUACUUUCUGCUGUGGCAGUUGUUAGGCGGGCUAGGUGUCGGUGCGUACAUGGCAAGAAACAAGGCCGCAGUGGCUAGAUUGAAUGGAUUGGAUCCUUGGUGGGUGGGGUUCUUCUUCGCCAUUUCUGCCUUCAAUAAUUCUGGGAUGAGUGUACUUGAUGCCAAUAUGGUUCCCUUUCAAAGUUCAACAUAUAUGCUGAUCACGAUGGGCCUUCUCAUCCUAGCUGGUAACACCUGUUAUCCAAUAUUCCUGCGGUGGAUAUUGUACACCAUUCGCCUGCUUCUUCCUCGCGGUGAUUAUUAUCACUAUUCUCGUGAGACUUUGACGUUCCUCUUAGAUCAUCCACGCCGGUGUUAUACAACCCUGUUUCCUUCUGCACAUACGUGGUGGCUUCUGGUUUCUGUGAUUGUUUUGAAUGGGGUUGAUUGGGUAGCUUAUGAGGUGCUCAAUUACGAUAAUCCGGCGGUCAAUAUUACUCCCGCAGGACCACGUGUGCUAGAUGGUCUUUUCCAAGCACUUUGCGUUCGAAGUGGGGGCUUCUACAUAACAAACAUCUCCGCCCUCGAAAUAGGAACGCAGGUGAUAUACGUGAUAAUGAUGUAUAUCUCCGUCUACCCUGUUGUCAUCACUAUGCGCCACUCAAAUGUGUAUGAAGAAAGAAGCCUCGGUAUCUACGCAGACGACCCCUCCGUUUAUCCAGACGAGGAGACCUAUUCAUCAGAAAGCUCGAGCCCUUUAACACCUAAGGCCCCCGCAUCGGGAAGGUUGUAUUUUGUCCGGCACCAACUCCGCGCACAGAUGGCGUUCGAUCUAUGGUGGAUUGCUUUAGCCGUCAUAAUAAUAUGUAUAGUUGAAGCCGGCCAGUUCACCCGGGAUCCAGUCACAUACUCGGCUUUCAAUAUCAUAUUUGAAACCGUCAGCGCCUAUGGCUGUGUCGGAAUCAGUACAGGUCUUCCAGAUCAGCUCUAUAGCUUUUCUGGGGGCUGGCAUACUUUUAGCAAGUUGGUGCUUUGCGCAGUGAUGAUCCGGGGCCGUCAUCGAGCUCUUCCUGUGGCGAUUGAUAAGGCCAUUAUGUUGCCGAGUGAAAAACUCGCAAAGGCGGAAGAAGAGGAUGCCCUGAUCAGGAUGGAGAGGACAAUGAGUCGAACCACUCGAUGA